CCCCGUAGUACAUAAGCAGCCAUACUAAUUACAUGGUAUCGGAUGUACUUCGGGCGACUUGCGAAUCAAUGCACCAUUUGUAAAUUAAAGCGCUGCACCCGUAAGGGUGCGUCGAGAGUAAGACUGCACUAGUACCCUUCUAAAUAUUUUUUAUUUGGCAGUUUAAUAUUAUUCAAUCGCACGCAACUAUGGAAGCAACGAUGGCUGCUAUUAAUACCAUUCAUGACUCAUGUGAGAUAUAUGUAUCUUCAAAGUAUAACUGCAUUAUAUCGCAUGAACAACUUUCAACUCCAUUCCACAUUGAAAUUGACAUCAAUUAUGUGAUCAGCAUACUGCCAAUCCACUCACCCACCAGGAACAUGAUCGAAUAAUAUGCCCUAGGAAAAUCGUCGGCGCCGUAUAAUAGUCUACUACUACCGCUAAAAUGGGUCACAAUGAUCGAGAGUUGCCGGGCUUACCAUGCGAAAUCUUUCUCAUCGCAUGUUCAUAUCUAUCGCCUCAGGAAGCACGAUCGUUACGAUUAUGCUCUAAAAUAUUUGCAAACAUUGGAGCUUGUCGCGGCUUCGAGCAGAUCACCUUCUUUCUCUACGGUCCCGAUCUCGAGAAAUUACACGAUAUUACUAAUCACCCUAUCAUUAGCAAAAAUGUCAAGACCAUCGUUUAUGAAGCAGCCAUCCUCGAGGACGAGUUCCUUAGCUUCGAACAAUACAGAGAGAAAUCCCGUAAUUUCUACUUGCACAAUCGGGUGAAAAAUGUUAAGAAGAAUUGGAUCCCGGAUAUCGCGUUCCGGAAAGCACCUAUCGAUUCGGAAUAUAUACAAGAGAACUACCUAGAAUACAAAAGGAUCUUCACUCAACAAGCCCUGAUACUUGAGCAGAACUUGGAUUUCGAACAUCUCAAGGCAGCCAUCCCCAAACUCAGAGGUCUAAGGGAGAUUGAAAUCAACAACGCGCGCCCCCUUCGACGAUCGCCCUUCGAUGCAUUUUUCGCUCGGAUCAACUGGUCAUAUCCCGAAAUGGCCAGACGGCAGGUAGAAGCUGUCAUGCAUGGGUUGAAAAACUCUGGUAUCCAGUUGCACACCCUUCGCGGCCUUAAACUAGAGUCAUGCUUAAUUAAUCCACAGACCCUCGAUAUUAUGGCUAUAGCAUGUGGUAGGUUAAAGUCGAUCAACCUUGAGUUCCUCGGCAAGGACACGUAUAUCUUUGGUUACAUAAGUAUACCUGGAGAACUCCGUGCAUCGACCCAGGAUAGCGCACUAAGAAAGUUCUUUUCACGCCUUCCCAAUCUUGAAGUCCUGGAUUUGAAAUUCAUUGAGUCACUGAUGCUUAUGAAAUAUCCGGUUCGCCUCUACGAUGUUAUUACUCCGGGUUUCGUAUGGGCAAACCUGCGCGAAAUUUGUCUACAUUUCAUCGAGAGCGAGAGAUAGGAGUUACUCGCUUUCUUCGAGGACCACCAGCUGACGUUAAAGACCCUCCAAUUGCAUAAUUGCCGACUUUCUACUUCUUCGUGGCUGAAGCUAAUAUGGCAGAUGAAAGGAAGAUUGAAAUUGCAUGACAUACGCAUCACUGGGAGAA